AUGACCAAGAUGGCGCUCCAGUAUCUUCAAUCUUUGGAGGAUAACAUUAUCAGUCCUCCAUCAAGCAAUACGCCUGUCUACAAGGACGACUGCAUGUUCUCCUUUGAGACGCCGCUCGACAAAAAUGGUCUUGACAUUUGUAUGCAUUGUUUCCAGGCAUUUUCGCGAGAUGGGCUUGAUUACACCCGCCAGCACGCGCAAUUCUUCAGCCACUCGAUCUACCUGAACUAUAAAAAGACUCCGAAGAAGCAGCCAGAACGGGAGUCGGAACAGCCGCUGAAGAUGGUCAAGUUGGAGAUCAAGGAGCAAACAGAGAAUGAGCUAUUUGAAACCAAGACCCAGAUCUAUUGUGCAGAAAUCGACCAGUCUGUGGACUACCCCAGUGAAGGGAUUCCUGCCCAAAUUUCCAAUUGUGCCGCUGCCAUUCUGAAAGCAACCUCCAGCGAUAAAAAGCAGGAAAUCAAGGCCUGGGAGCAGGAGAUUGUCCCCUGUCCACAUGCUUUCGACAUCGAACAAAAGCCAAUUGCAGAACUCGAUAUAAGCCAGUGCGCUCAAUGUGGAUUGAAGGAGAACCUCUGGAUUUGUGUCACGUGUGGAUCUAUUGGCUGUGGUCGGGCGCAAUUUGGCGGUGUUGCUGGAAACUCUCAUGCAUUGAAGCAUCACGAGUUGUUUCCAGACCACCACAUUGCGAUCAAGCUUGGAUCUUUGUCGUUGAACUCGGCCGAUUCGUAUUGCUACACUUGUAACGAUGAGGUCAAAGUUCCGGACCUUGUCAAGCUCCUUGCCACCUUUGGCAUUGACAUUUCUCAGACAGUCAAGACAGAGAAAACGCUUACAGAGCUGCAAAUUGAGCAGAAUAUCAAAUGGGACUUCAACAUGUCUGACGAUAGCGGAGACGUGCUUUCUCCCGUGUUUGGCAAGGGCCUUACAGGUAUCAAGAAUCUCGGGAACUCGUGCUAUCUUUCGUCUGUCUUGCAGGUGCUAUUUUCAGUUCACAAUUUUUCGUCAGCCUUUCAUAUAGAGGAGGGAAUGCCGGUGGAAAAGAUCCUUAACCCGGGUGAUCCAUCCACAGACUUGGAAACACAGCUAUUUAAGCUAGGAGACGGGCUGCUUUCUGGAAGAUAUUCGGUCCCCGAUGAGUUGACAACCGAGAAAGUCAAGUUUCAGCGAGGGAUCAAGCCACAGGGGUUCAAGUCGCUGAUCGGCGAGGGCCACCCUGAGUUCUGCACCAUGCAACAGCAGGACGCGUUUGAGUUCCUGCUCUAUUUAUUGGACAAAAUUGAAACGCAGAAAUUGAACGGAGUCUCUGCAACCGGUCCGACCCAUGCAUUUGAUUUUGUUUCUGAAAAUAAGAUAAAAUGUCAGGGAUGUGGUGGCGUGAGACUCGCCAAGGAGCUCACCAACAACAUUCGUUUGCCUGUGCAGGACAAGGUUUUACGUGUUGGUGAUGACGGGAAGAAGGUGUACAGCGAGGUGCGGUUGGAGGACUGUCUUUUGGAGCUGAGCACAUCCGAAACAGUUGAGUAUGAGUGUCCAAAAUGCCAAAAACUACAACCGGCCUCCAAAAAACAAGGACUUACCUCGCUUCCUGACUAUCUCAUUCUGUCUCCUCAAAGAAUAAAACUGGAGAACUGGGUGCCUAUAAAAUUAGACGUGCCGAUUAAAUUCGAGGAAAAUAUAGACCUCUCAAAAUUCAAAUCAUCCGGUCUGCAAACAGACGAAGAGCUGCUCCCUGAAGAUGACACAGCCUCCUCCUUUUCCUUCAAUCAGGACGCAAUGAACGCUCUGCUAGCCAUGGGAUUUCCUGAAAACAGGUGCAAGAGGGCCCUUUACACCACAGGAAAUAGCGAUGCAGAGACAGCAAUGAACUGGCUAUUUGAACACAUGGAGGAUCCCGAAAUCGAUGAUCCCUUUGAGCCCGCUUCAGCACCCGCUCCAAAAGUCUCGGAGCAAGAGGUGGAGUCGCUCACAUCUAUGGGAUUCAACGCGAAACUGGCAAACAAAGCUCUGGUGCUGAACAAAGGCAACAUUGAGCAGGCGGUUGAGUGGCUUUUUGCUAAUCCCGACGACGAUGGCGAAGUCAGUCAGGAGGAGGUUGUUUCGCCACAGGAGCGAAUCAAAAAGUUGGAGUCGAAUGCUGCACGUAGCACAAAGUACACUCUGAAAGGCGUCAUCUGUCACAAGGGAGUCACAAUUCACUCUGGCCACUAUGUCGCAUUUUUGAAAAAACAGAUUGAGGGACAGGAAAAGUGGGUGUUAUUCAAUGACGAGAAGGUCGUAAUUGCCAACGAGGAGAGCAUCAAGGAGAUAGAAAAGUCGGGCUACAUCUACGUGUUUGAGAACUCGGGAAUUUGA